AGGGGUGAAAAAGUUGAGCGAGGGAAAAAAUGUAACAAAGUAACGUCAGCAACAAACCGCACAGCAGCAAGUAAACAAGUCCAUCAGUUAUGACCGGAAAGACGUCACUCCAAACGAGGGCUGAAAUAUAUUGAGCAUGCGUGUUGAUAUUCUUUGCUGAUUUGACAGGAAACGACAGGAAGAUGAGGGCCCUGUACGUGUUUGCUCUACUAAGUCUGCUGGGUCUGGGGACAGGAGAGGAGGGGGCUCGUCUGUUAGCUUCCAAGUCCCUGUUGAACCGUUAUGCCGUUGAGGGCCGUGAUCUCACACUGCAGUACAACAUCUACAACGUUGGAACCAGCGCUGCCCUAGAGGUUGAGCUGUCUGACGACUCCUUCCCCCCUGAGGAUUUCGGCAUCGUCUCUGGGAUGCUGAAUGUGAAAUGGGACAGGAUCGCCCCUGCCAGCAAUGUCUCUCAUACUGUGGUACUGCGCCCCCUGAAGGCCGGAUACUUCAACUUCACCUCUGCCUCCGUCAGCUACCUGGCUCAGGAGGGAGGACAAGUUGUGGUUGGCUACACUAGUGCCCCUGGACAGGGUGGGAUUUUAGCUCAGAGGGAGUUUGACAGGCGUUUCUCCCCCCACUAUCUGGACUGGGCCGCUUUCGGUGUAAUGACCCUCCCCUCCAUUGGCAUCCCCCUGCUCUUGUGGUUCUCCAGCAAGAGGAAAUAUGACUCGCCCAAGGCCAAGAAGAACUGAACGCUCUACUCUCCACUGUGGAACUAGCUAGGGAUGGGAUUAAGGUUUAAUAACUUGUACCUUUUCACACUAUUGUGCUGACAAACUGUGCUGGCUCAGAUAUUUUCUUGUCACUUUGUCCUUUCCAGCAUAGUUUUAGCAACCAUGCUGGAUGUGUAACCAGAGUAAUGCUGUACAUCUCAGUAGUGUGAAAAGGGAUUUAGUAGAUUGGGAGGCGAGUGACUGUAUUUUUUUUUAAAUGACAUAAUUACCCAUAUUGGGGGUAAACGAGAACAUGUAAUGAGUGAUCUGGGAAGAUGUGCUUCCUUGUGAUUGGGAGAUUGAGCUUUGUGGACUAUAGCAGUCGAUGAUGGGCUAGAGGUUUCAUUGCUGUUUUUUCUAUUCCAUACAUGCACAUGCAUUACAUACAGUACACACACACCAAGUCGCACUACAGCCGCAAUGCAAGAAUGGCUGCCUUUUUUUUGUUUUAUUUUGUAAUUAAUUUGAAACACUCAAGGUAAUUUCUACAGAAAGUCAUUUCCCAGGUGACUUGGAACUUUAUGUUUGGGAAAUAAACAAGCUGGGUUUUUACAAAGUAA